AUGCUUUUUGACUUUAUAAGAUCAGAUGUGAUUGAAAAUUACAAAAACGUAAGGCUGCUUGAGAUGACCCAGUUACUUGUAGAGUAUCUAAUGUCAUUAGGGGCUAAGGAAUGUAAGCCAUCAACAAAGAAGCAUAUCAAAAGGAACAUAGAAGCAGAAUUCAAUGAAUUGAUCAAGUUUGAAAACUUGCUAAACAGCAACCGUGUAUUCCUAAUCCCUGCUAACCUAACGCCAGUGCAAAUCGCCAGAAAUGUACUAAAUAUCCUUAUGGCAGAAGAAGAAACCAAAGGUUCAACAAUGAAGAUCUCCAAUAUUCAGAAAGCUGCGGCUGACAUCCGUGAUGCUAUUCUAAAUAAAGAAAGCAAAAUGUCAUGGCCACCGCGCCCUUCAGAGCUCAAUGACAGUGCGUUUUUGCAUACCUUGCUGACUGGCAGCAAGUAUUCGUUAGAGAUAAUGUUCUCAAAGAGUCCAGCGGUUGACGAAGUCGUUCGCGCAAGACCUGGUAUUUGGAGUAACCAGAGGGAGGAUUAAGCCACCUAAACAAAUUCUUCUGUGGUAUGCUGUAAAAAUCUCACAAACAAUGUAGAGCUAGUGUCUAUACUAAACCGUUAUGUUCAUGGUAUUUCUUAUUCCCAGCUUGAAUAUGCAGGUGAGCGUCAAGGCCCUAAGCCAAGAACAUAUGUUGAAGUAAAUUGCCAGGAAGCGUUAGAAAAUACCCGAAAGAAAAAGCUUGUGGGUUUUAGUGCGCCUUCUUUCAUUUCUCUCACCCAGCCAGAUCGGAUUACAGCACAUUGAUUGUGGUAUUAGAAGAUACAGAUGUCUUUAUUCUUUGAGUGUCAUUCAAGUACUUAAUUCCGUCUUCAAUAGUUUUCAAGUGUGGAACACAAGCAAGAGUUACAUACAUCAGCAUCACGAGUAUAGUGCAAGCCAUAGGUCAAAAUUUGUGUAGCAGUCUCCUUGGCAUGCACGCUUAUACUGGUUGCGACACAGUAAGUGCUUUUGCUGGACGGGGUAAGGAACAGAGAUCCUUUCAGGAAAUGUUUGACCUCUUAGGAGUGGAAUGGGAAUUCUCAUAUAAUCUAUUCCAGAUGCUUUAG